AUGGACAAACUCAAGGCGGACCAGCAGCAGCGGAAGGCAGAGCUCGAGAAACUUCAAGCUUCCCUCGAUACGUGGAUGGAAAGGUCCAAGAGUUACUCCGUCAAUGUCGGUGCCUCUGUCCUCGGAGAAGAAGCUAUUGUCGUACCCCGCCACCCAAGACUGCCAUCGCAAGCAAUGCCGCUCCGCUGCAAUCCGGGGUGGGUUGCGGAUUUGAAGUCGGUGGGAGAGUCCAAUCGGGUGGUUUGCCAGCUGACUUCGGCGAUCGGCGAGGAGAAGUUGACGACGAUCUAUUCGUUUGAAUUAGCCAAGUGA